AUGCCUCGCUUCCAAAAAGCGAACCGAAAGGCUAACGAACAGGUUGUGGCUCAGUUCCAGACGCUCGCUGACAAUCGCGGAUGCACCGUUAGCCAGCUUGCCCUGGUCUGGCUGCUCAAACAGGGUACCAAGCGCAUCAAUUAUCUUGAGCAGAACCGGGAAAGCAUGGAUGUUGGACUGAGGGACGAGAAGGACAUGGAAAUCCGCGCGUUUGCGGAAGAUGCGGCGGUGAAGGGAACGGCGCAGCCGGCUCGCUUCUCUGAGUAUCUGUAG